AUGUCUGUUGUUUUUGUUCCUAAACGGCAGCGCGGAAAAGAAGAGCAAAAUAGUAAAUUAAUACUCAGGCUGCUGGAUGAGAACGAUCAGCUGGUGCGAUGCAUCACAGAGUAUCUGCAGAAAGGCCGCGCCACGGAGUGUGUGCAAUACCAGCAGAUUCUGCACCGCAACAUUGUGUAUUUGGGAACCAUAGCUGACGCCAGCACCGAGAUCCUGCCGGAGACGCAGACCUCGGACCACACCAAUCGCAUUGGCUGAGAGGAAAGACGCUCUGGAUGUCCGUUGGGAAACAUUGUUUUUCUGUAAAUAAUUUCAUAAUGAUUUUACGUCGGUGCUUUGUAUAAUAAAUGUAUAAACUUCAAUAAACACUUGUACUUUUACACAA